CGCGCGUCUUCAAGCGGGCGGAAGAGCCGGAGCGCGCGGUAGAACGACGGGCGGAAGCGGUGUGCUCGCCAGGUGCCGCCAUGCCCGGGGACCACCGCCGCAUCCGCGGACCAGACGAGUCGCAGCCGCCGCAGCUGUACGCCGCCGACGAGGAAGAGGAGCCCGCCGCCCGAGACCCGACGCGGCUGCGGCCGGUGUACGCGCGCGCCGGGCUGCUGAGCCAGGCCAAGGGCUCGGCCUACCUGGAGGCGGGAGGCACCAAGGUGCUGUGCGCCGUGUCGGGCCCACGCCAGGUCGAGGGCAGCGAGCGAGGGAGCGGCCCUGCCGGCGCCGGCGGCGAGGCCCCGGCCGCGCUGCGCGGCCGCCUGGUCUGCGAUUUCCGCCGUGCGCCUUUCUCGGGCCGCCGGCGCCGGGCGCCUCCGGGCGGCGGCGAGGAGCGCGAGCUGGCCCUGGCGUUGCAGGAGGCGCUGGAGCCGGCCGUGCGCCUGAGCCGCUACCCGCGCGCGCAGCUCGAGGUGUCGGCGCUGCUGCUGGAGGACGGCGGCUCGGCGCUGGCCGCCGCCCUCACGGCCGCCGCCCUCGCCCUGGCCGACGCGGGCGUCGAGAUGUACGACCUGGUGGUGGGCUGCGGCCUGAGCCGCGCGCAGGGGCCCACGCCCGCCUGGCUGCUGGACCCGACGCGGCUGGAGGAGGAGCGCGCCGCCGCCGGCCUCACCGUGGCCCUCAUGCCGGUGCUCAACCAGGUGGCCGGGCUGCUGGGCAGCGGGGAGGGCGACGCGACCGAGACUUGGGCCGAAGCCGUGCGGCUGGGCCUCGAGGGCUGCCAGCGACUCUACCCGGUGCUGCAGCAGUGCCUGGUGCGGGCCGCCCGCCGCAGGGGCGCCGCCCUGCCCUGAGCCGGCGGGCGAAGUGGAGCCGCGAGCGGACAGAGCGUGCGGAGAUGGACAGUUGCGUUGGAACGGCUGUCGACAGACGAACGUUUGACGAUCUUUCCAGUCCCCAGCCAGAAGCCAGCGCAGGAAGCCGCGGGCUGCUUGCUUACUCCCGAGCUGGGAAGGACUUGAGCCGGCCUGGUCCGGAGCGCGGGAUCUGUGUGACUCCGGAGACGAUGGACAGGGCGCUGCGCCUUCUCACAGCGGGACUGAAACAACAAAACCGUUUUUUUUGUAUUCGAAA